CCGUCAUUCCGCUUCCGGCGGCUCGCGCAGUUCCGCCAUGGCCUCCAAGGAAGCGAGUCGUACCCCUCCGAGGUCUCGGCGGGAGCCGGGUGGGCGCGCCCCGCGACAGGACAAGUAUUCGGUGCUUCUGCCCACCUACAACGAGCGCGAGAACCUACCGCUCAUCGUGUGGCUGCUGGUGAAAAGCUUCUCCGAGAGUGGAAUCAACUAUGAAAUUAUCAUCAUAGAUGACGGAAGCCCAGAUGGAACAAGGGAUGUUGCUGAACAGCUGGAGAAGAUCUAUGGGUCGGAUAAAAUUCUUCUAAGACCACGGGAGAAAAAGUUGGGACUAGGAACUGCAUAUAUUCAUGGAAUGAAACAUGCCUCAGGAAACUACAUAGUUAUUAUGGAUGCUGAUCUCUCACACCAUCCAAAAUUUAUUCCUGAAUUCAUUAGGAAGCAAAAGGAGGGUAAUUUUGACAUUGUCUCUGGAACUCGCUACAAAGGAAAUGGAGGUGUAUAUGGCUGGGAUUUGAAAAGAAAAUUAAUCAGCCGUGGGGCCAAUUUUGUAACUCAGAUUUUGCUGAGACCGGGAGCAUCUGAUUUAACAGGAAGCUUCAGGUUAUACCGAAAAGAAGUUCUACAGAAAUUAAUAGAAAAAUGUGUUUCUAAAGGCUACGUCUUCCAGAUGGAGAUGAUUGUUCGGGCAAGACAGUUGAAUUAUUCUAUUGGGGAGGUUCCAAUAUCAUUUGUGGAUCGUGUUUAUGGUGAAUCCAAGUUGGGAGGAAAUGAAAUAGUCUCUUUCCUGAAAGGAUUAUUGACUCUCUUUGCUACUACAUAAAAGAAAGUUAUGCAUUUAUAUUAUGUUCAUUUCAAUUUAAACAUAAAGGAAGCCUGCCUGGUUGCUGAGUUUUAUAAUAUGUACUCUUAGAGCAAAAUCAUAAGGUAAGGUAAAUUUCACGCAAAUCUUUUUUCUAAAGAAACUCCAUUUUAUAUGUCAAAUUAGAAAAAUGAGCAGUGUUCUCAAUUUUCAUUUACAUUUUGCUGUAUUAAGACCUAUAAAUAAAUGUAUAUGGGGUUUUUGCA